AUUGGUAUCCGGUCGGACGAUUAUUUGUGGUUCGUGGUGGUGAAGUGGAAAAUUUGGUUUGCAGAAGAAGCUCAUAGUGAAAGGACGAUGAAGAUCAACAGAUGUCUGAAGCUGUGUUUAGUGCUUAGUUGUAUUUUUGUGUGCAUAGAUGCUGCGAAGAAGAACAAGCGGGGACUGUAUCAUGGUCAUGCAGGAUAUGCAGUACCGUUAGGAGUUGGACUUCAUCGUCCCUAUCACCCGAGUCCGUACGCGAAAUUUCCAGGACUGUACAAAGGAUUAGGAGGUGCACUGCCCCCAGGAUAUGCUCUGUUUCCUGGAAGUGCUUCAGUCGCUUCUUAUCAUCGGAAUUUCCCCAAAGUUCCAGCUGUUUAUGCACCGAAUUAUUUCCCAGCUUUCGGAGUGCCUGCUUCCGGUGUUGUCAGACCGGUGACCAAUCUGUCACCGGUGGCACCAGUAGCUCCAUUGGCACCAUCCUAUCCUGUGUUUCCGCAACUUCCUACUGCUCCACUGCCUGCUGUUCAAGUUCCUGCAGCGCAAUAUCCUGCCUACUUUCCCAUUGGAGCACCACAGCAAACUUCUUUCUUCGCCACAUACCCUCAAAAACCAUUCAUCCCGAUUGCAAUUCCUGCAGUUCCCGAGAAACCGAAGAUUCCCGUUGUUGUCCCGCAGAAGCCUGUUUUCUCCACGGUACACAACUAUCUGCCCAGCGGACUUAUCCCCGCCGGGGUCUAUAAUCCGACCGUUGCCGUAUCGAACGUUUCCCCAACAUUCGUGGGGAUUCCAAUCGGCCCCACUGCCACAACCCCGACAGUGUCAACGGCCACCGUGACGCAAACCGCUCAGCAGCCCUGGCGCCCGGUUUUGGUGAACAAUCCUACUGCCACACCCACCACCACAACGGUUUUCAAGCCAUCGCUCAAUCUAUUACCUCCAUUCACUCUUCCAGCUAACGCUCAAGGUCAGAUCUACCUCAGCAGUACACCAGCCACGCACGUCCAAGACAGCCCACAGCAACAACAGCAGACUCUGCUAGAUCUGGAACAGUCCCCCCCAUAUCAUCAAGGACAGGAGGAAGGGAAUGGAGCUUUCAAUGGUCAGCCGUACGAUGUAGCUUCGAAUCACGGCCGAUACUCGGGUCCUUCUAGCUACGAUGUAGACAUCACUCACAAUGGAUAUCAGAAGAAGUGAAGGACCUACCCUUCAUAAUCCUAGGAUCGGUGAACGCUGUCCAAUUGCCAUUAUCAUGCUUGUUAAUAGUUUUGCAUUUUUAAUGUGACUAGGUUAAAACAAUUAAAACUAUUUAUUACUUUGCCAA